UUGCCCACCCUGAAAGUCUGGUUGUGACAGUGAAGUCGGCGUCCCUUUGGAGCAUCUCUGAAAUAAAAUCUGACUUCAGAAUAAAACGUGAAUUCCAGGAUUAUUCGUAUCUCUCUGGUAAAAAGGUUGAAAGUACCGGGGUCAGACAUAAAGGUAGGCAGGAUGUGGCGGGAUUCACUCGGAAGAUGGAGAGUGUCUUCCUUAGGUGUCAUGCUUCUGCUAGCCUCCUUCACAUUUAACUCUGUUGUGGUUGCUGAAGAUGAUUCGAUGGGACCAGUGUUUGUAAAAGAACCGCCAAACCGAGUGGAUUUCUCAAAUGGUACGGGAGCAGUUAUUGAAUGCCAAGCAAGAGGAAAUCCUCAACCGGACAUAAUAUGGGUGCGGGCAGACGGAACUGCCGUAGGAGACGUUCCCGGCUUACGUCAAGUUUUGCCGAAUGGGAACUUGGUCUUCCCUCCAUUCCGUGCAGAAGAUUAUCGUCAAGAAGUUCACGCUCAGGUUUACAUCUGUCUUGCCAAGUCCACCGUUGGAUCUGUGCACAGUCGUGAUGUCAAUGUUCGAGCCGUUGUUUUGCAGUUCUACGUUACAGAAGCUGAGAAUGAGUACGUGAUUCGUGCUAAUAGCGCGAUUAUGAAAUGCAAAAUGCCGAGUUUCGUAUCGGAGUUCAUCUACGUGGAUCAGUGGGUGGAUAGCGAUGGUGCUAUUUACAUACCUAGCAGGGAAUAUGGUACGAAGUAUGUGAUUCUUAAUUUCAGUUUGCAUUUUAGAGAGGUUCACCCAGAAAACAAUCAUUUCAACUAUAUGUGUCGGACUGGAAUGCACCUGUCAAGUGAACAAAGAAUUUCACAGCUACGAGGUCGCCUAACAGUAACUGAACCCGUGGGGAGUAAAGGUCCGGCGCUUGCCGCCGACGCAAAACUCUCCCUGUUGCUCAGAAGAACAGGCACAGACAUCAGUCUUCAGUGUAAUGCACAGGCACAUCCCAUUCCCGUAAACAGGUGGUACAAAUUCAUUGAAGGAACGUCUCGUCGGCAGCCUGUGCAGCUGAAUGAGCGGGUUAGACAAGUCAGCGGUACUCUUAUAAUCAGAGAAGCUCGAGUUGAAGAUUCAGGAAAAUAUCUUUGUAUUGUGAAUAACUCCGUCGGCGGGGAAAGUGUAGAAACGGUUUUGACGGUAACUGCACCACUUUCUGCAGAAAUUGAACCAAGAGUUCAAACUAUUGACUUCGGUAGACCCGCCACUUUUACUUGUAACGUUAAAGGAAAUCCUGUAAAAACUAUUUCUUGGCUGAAAGAUGGAAAACCUCUUGGACAUGAAGAACAGACACUUAGAAUUGAAAGCGUCAAGAAGGAGGACAAGGGAAUGUACCAGUGCUUUAUCAGAAAUGACCAAGAAAGUGCACAAGCAACAACGGAACUGAAGCUUGGAGGAAGGUUUGAACCGCCUCAAAUUCGUCAAGCAUUUUCUGAAGAAACCCUUCAACCCGGACCCAGUGUAUUUUUAAAGUGCGUAGCUAGUGGAAAUCCAACUCCUGAGAUUACGUGGGAAUUAGAUGGAAAACGCUUGUCGAACACAGAUAGACUUCAGGUUGGUCAGUACGUGACUGUAAAUGGCGAUGUCGUAUCAAACUUGAACAUUUCCAGCAUUCAUACCAAUGACGGCGGACUAUACAAGUGCAUUGCAGCUUCCAAGGUGGGUGCAGCAGAGCACUCUGCACGUUUAAACGUGUACGGCUUACCAUUCAUUCGACACAUGGACAAGAAAGCUAUCGUCGCUGGUGAAACGCUACGUGUUACAUGUCCAGUCGCUGGUUAUCCGAUAGAGAGCAUCAUCUGGGAACGAGACACCAGGGUGCUUCCUAUCAACAGAAAGCAGAAGGUUUUUCCUAACGGAACAUUAAUCAUCGAAAACGUAGAGCGGCAAAGCGAUCAGGCAACAUAUACAUGCGUCGCUCGCAAUGCACAAGGAUACAGUGCAAGAGGAAUGCUCGAAGUACAAAUCAUGGUCGCUCCGCAGAUACUGCCUUUCUCAUUUGGAAAAGAACCGGCCAAUAGUGGGGACUUAGUAUCGGUAACAUGUUCGGCAAUAAAGGGAGACCUUCCGUUAGAGAUCACCUGGGCUUUUAACGGAACAUCAAUCGAGAACCAUCAAGAUACAGGGAUGGUGGUUGCUAGCACAAACCGAAAAAACAGCGUUCUAAGCAUAGAGUCAGUGAUGGCUAGACAUGCCGGACGAUACACGUGUAUGGCGUCCAAUGUUGCUGGUACUGCAGCCCACUCCACGAUUUUAUCUGUCAAUGUACCUCCUCGCUGGAUCCUUGAGCCAACGGAUAAAGCUUUUGCUCAGGGCUCCGAUGCAAGAGUGGAAUGCAAAGCUGACGGUUUUCCCAAGCCUCAAGUAACUUGGAAGAGGGCUGCAGGAGACAUGCCUGGCGAUUACACCGACUUGAAAUUAAAUAAUCCCGACAUAAGCGUUGAGGAUGGAACUUUGUCGAUAAAUAAUAUACAGAAGACAAACGAGGGCUAUUACCUUUGUGAAGCUGUAAAUGGAAUAGGGUCUGGACUUUCAGCCGUGAUACUCUUAUCGGUGCAAGCGCCACCUCACUUUGAAAUCAAACUGCGAAAUCAGACUGCUCGCCGAGGAGAACCAGCCGUAUUGCAAUGCGAAGCGCAAGGAGAAAAACCCAUUGGCAUUCUCUGGAAUAUGAAUAACAAAAGAUUGGACCCUAAAAGCGACUCGCGUUACACGAUUCGAGAAGAGAUACUGGCUAAUGGCGUUUUGUCUGAUUUAAGUAUUAAGAGGACAGAGAGAAGCGAUUCUGCACUUUUCACCUGCGUUGCUACAAAUGCAUUCGGCAGCGAUGACACGAGUAUCAAUAUGAUUGUUCAAGAGGUUCCCGAAGUUCCCUAUGGUUUAAAAGUUUUGGAUAAAUCUGGACGAUCAGUGCAACUUUCGUGGGCAGCACCUUACGACGGAAACAGUUUAAUCAAGCGAUACGUUAUUGAAUAUAAAAUCAGUAAGGGUUCCUGGGAAAGUGAUAUUGAUAGAGUAGUAGUUCCAGGAUCUCAGCAGAAUGUUGCCGGUGUUUUUAAUCUUAAACCAGCUACUACGUAUCAUCUGAGAAUAGUUGCUGAAAAUGAAAUUGGAACUUCGGAUCCGUCGGACACCGUAACAAUUAUCACGGCUGAAGAAGUUCCUUCUGGUCCACCAAGCUCCGUCAGAGUUGAAGCUCUUGAUCAGCAUACCCUAAAAGUAACAUGGAAACCACCUACGCGUGAAGACUGGAAUGGAGAAAUAUUGGGUUAUUAUGUGGGGUAUAGACUCUCAUCUUCUGAAAAACCUUACAUGUUUGAGACGGUUGAAUUUUCGAAGGAAGACGGAAAAGAACAUCACUUGCAAAUAACGAAUCUUAAAACUUAUACACAGUAUAGUGUUGUGGUUCAAGCUUUCAACAAAGUUGGCUCAGGUCCCAUGAGUGAGGAAAAAAGACAGCAUACAGCGGAAGGCGUACCAGAGCAACCACCACAUGAUACUACGUGCACGACCCUUACAUCACAAACAAUUAGAGUUUCAUGGUCUUCGCCACCACUGAGUGCUGCUAAUGGUGUUAUUACUGGAUACAAGAUCAUCUACGGACCAUCUGAGUUGUGGUAUGACGAAAAUACAAAGGACACCAAAAUCACCUCUUCUAGUGAAACAAUACUGCACGGCCUCAAGAAGUAUACGAACUACAGUAUGCAAAUCCUAGCCUUUACUUCAGGUGGUGAUGGAGUAAAAUCAGCACCGAUCCAUUGUCAGACUGAGCAAGACGCCCCGGAAGCACCAAUGGCAAUUAAAGCACUAGUUAUGUCAGCUGAAUCUAUCCUUGUCUCUUGGAGACCUCCCACUCAGCCUAAUGGAGUGAUUUCACAGUACACAGUUUAUACCAAAUCUGAUGAUUCCGAACAACCUAUGAGCCAGAAAGUACCACCAAACCAGUUGACGCAUGAGGCCACUAAGUUGAGUGAUAAACUUAGAUAUGAUUUCUGGGUCACCGCGAGUACGAACAUCGGAGAAGGACAAGCAUCGAAAAUUGUAACACUUUCUCCAAGCAUUAGUGUUCCCGCCAAAAUCGCAUCGUUCGAUGAUAAAUUCACAGCCACAUACAAAGAGGAUGUCAAGCUUCCUUGUCUAGCGGUUGGUGUUCCCGCUCCCGAAGUUAAGUGGAAUCGAGGAGGCGACGCAGUUCAACCAAAUGAUAGGCUACGACAAUUACCCGAAGGAUCUCUUUUCUUGAAGGAAGUAGACAGAGAAGACGCUGGAGAAUACUCGUGCUAUGUUGAAAAUUCGUUUGGACAUGACACUGUUACGCAUCAGUUAAUAGUCAACGCUCCUCCACAACCACCACAAGUUCAACUGACCGCUACUACAACGAACUCCUUAACGUUGAAACUUCGUCCGCUUUCUGGCGAUAAAGCGCCUAUUCACGGAUACACAAUCCACUACAAGUUAGAAUUUGGUGAAUGGGAAACUAUUCAAAUUGGUUCAAAUACACAAAAAUACACACUGGAAAAUCUCUUAUGCGGGUCCAGGUACCAGGUAUACGUUACAGCGUACAAUGGAAUUGGAACAGGAAAGCCUUCAGAUAUUCUGAAUAUUCGCACUAAGGGGCAAAAACCUGGUGUACCAGAAGCGACAAGGUUUAUCGAAGUAUCGACGAACAGCAUCACUCUACAUCUUAAUGCGUGGUCUGAUGGCGGAUGCCCAAUGCUCUACUUUGUUGUUGAGCACAAGAAGAAAAAUCAACAGGAAUGGAAUCAAGUUUCCAACAGCGUAAAACCUGGAGGCAACUUCGUUGUUCUUGAUUUAGAACCCGCGACUUGGUAUCAACUCCGAGUGACGGCCAAUAACAAUGCUGGCUUUCAAGUUGGCGAAUUCGACUUUGCAACUCUAACUGUAACAGGAGGCACCAUUGCACCGGCUCGCGAAAUUCCUGACGUGAUCAACGGAAGCAACGAAGAUCCAAUGAAAAUAUUUAUGUCCAACUUGAAUCUGGUUGUGCCCGUUGUCGCGGCGGUACUUGUUAUUAUUGUUGCCGUCAUCGUGAUCUGUGUCCUCAAAGGAAAAGGUCAUGGAAAUGAAAAAGAUGACGUGGUCUAUCAGCAAACUGGCGUGGUUGGAGCAACGUUGGAUAAAAGAAGACCGGAUCUUCGAGAUGAGCUCGGCUACAUCGCACCACCGAAUCGGAAACUUCCUCCGGUUCCUGGAUCAAAUUACAAUACGUGUGAUCGUAUCAAGCGAGGUGGGCCUGGCUCAAUAAGGAGUCACUCAACAUGGGAUCCGAGGAGACACAUGUACGAGGAAUUGAGUCACUAUCCACCAAAUAGAAGAUGUCCACCGCCACCAACGCGUAUGGGCAGUACAGACGCCUUAGCUCGUAAAGGCAUGGAGGACGAAAUUUGCCCGUACGCAACGUUCCAUCUCCUUGGAUUCCGUGAGGAAAUGGAUCCUAGUAAGGCUAUGCAGUUUCAGACUUUUCCGCAUCCAGGUAAUGGACAUUCUGGAACCAUGGGACCUCCAGUAGGACAUCCCACAAACGCAUCAGCACAUAGCCGAUCUGGUUCACAAUCUAUGCCCAGACAAAAUGGCGGACGUUAUUCUCGAGUUCCAUCUCAAGGCGGCAGCAUGCAGACCAAUGUCUUCUCACCAGAAUAUGACGAUCCGGCAAAUUGUGCACCCGAGGAAGAUCAGUACGGCUCUCAAUAUGGACAAUAUGGUGCUCCCUACGAUCACUAUGGCUCUCGUGGAUCUGUAGGUCGCCGCAGUGUAGGGUCAGCCCGCAACCUUCCCAUGUCAAAUUCACCGGAGCCGCCACCACCACCACCCAGAAAUCACGACCCUAACAACUCUAACUUCAAUGACAGCAAAGAAAGCAAUGAGAUAAGUGAAGCGGAGUGCGAUCGAGACCAACUAAUCAAUCGCAGCUACGGUGUGAAUACUCGCACCAAAGAUGGCAUGUCGACCGAGGAGAUGCGAAAGCUCAUUGAAAGAAAUGAAGCACCCACCCGGCAAACCAGCGCCCCCCUCGGUACCCACGGGGGACUCCUCACACCCUACGAUACUGUGGCAGUGUAAUCUGUAAAUCAUUGUCCGUCUUCCACCUUGACCAAUGAAACAAAAUGCCAUUUUUACUCGACUCGCGUACUAACGUCAAUCGAUUCCGAUCGAAAGCUCAGGAUGGUCACAAAAAGCAUGCGCGUACAAUGAUGUACUCACCAUUGUUUUCUAGUACUGUAGCCACAGUAUGGAUGCAACGAUUUAAGUUUAAGUUAUGUCACCGACAUGUGUAUUUGGUUAUUUAUAUAAGUUAUUUAUUGUGAAACAGAGUUCUUGUUUUAAACAGACACGCAAAACGUAUGCAGUUGGCCCUUUCGGUGUCCUUUACUCGCACUCGUUGCCGGAAUUGUAGAAUUCUCUCUACUAAGAAUCUUCCGAGAUCGAGCUAUAAACUUCUUUAAAAAAGCUUAACUUUUUCUUAAGUUAAAUCUCGAAGUUGAAAUCUAUUUUUUUUUUAAAGAGCUACAUCAAAAAGAGUUCAAAGAGAAGAACACUUUUCAUCCGAAACUGCCCCAGUCCUCUUUUUUCGUAGUCUUUUUCAGUUUUAGUCACUCAUGUUUAAACAAUGAGGAUGGUUCAUUCUAUUCUUUCAAUGUCUGUGAUGUGAUCAGCGAUGGGUUAAAUGGUCCGGUACUACUUGCUCAAAAUCUCCUUGUGAAUUAGUUCACUUCUAUUAUUCCACUAAAUAUAAAAAAAUUAAAUGGAACGGAAUUGGCAGAAUGAAAAUUAAAAGGCUGAUGUGAAAUGCUUUCUCGUUUGGAUUCUAUCAACCUUAAUCAUCUUCAGCAGAACUGAGAUAGCAAAUAUUUAGUUUAAUAUUAUUUAGCACAUGCAAAGUCAAGUGUGGAACUAAACUCGUGAUCUGAUUUGCAAUGUCCAAGAAACAGAGUAUUAUACACACGGCAGGGUUGAGAUUCGAAAGGGAUUGCGUGUUGCGAUUGAAAAGAUAUGGUAGAAAUAGAGUCGAGUAGAUUUGAUGAUCCAAAUAUUUAACAUCAUCUUGAAUAUCCUGCUGUACUACAUUCUUAAAGACAAUUUUCUCUUUUAUUACAACGAACAAAAACUAAUAGUUUGAAAACAUCUUUGACGUAAUCCCACAAUUUAUUUAUUUUCUACAGUAAUUGUGUGUAAUUUCUGAAGGAACUAAUUAAAUAUGUAGUACGGCUGCAAGGUUUUCAAGAAUAUGGUGUUACUGACAAAUUAGAAGUCAAGCAAAUUCGCAUUGAUUUCCUUCAAUUUCUUUGUGGCAGAAAAGUGCAAAGUUUCGCUCAGUUUCUAUUCAAUGAUGGUUGUGUCGCACUGCCGCAUUCUGUAGGCAAACUUUUUAUAAUUUUGUAAUGAAGGUUGUGUCUCCGACGAAUGAUGAGAAAAACAAGAAUCUAUGGCGUGAUAGGAAAGAUCUCCUCAAUGUCUGCCUCGUUAUGGUUCAAGAUGAAGGCACGAAGUUGUAAUAAAGAUAUCACGGUUGCGGUCGAUUUCGCCGCUAAUGCAAAGAAUUAGCAAGUAAACGUAGAUAGUUAAGAACAAUCGAACAGAAGGUUGCGAGUUCGUAUUACCACGAUGCCUGCAAGAAAAAUAGAGGCACAAAAUCGUUCAAGUAUCCAAAUCAAUUUUUUGGGUGAAAUACAAAAUGAGCCGCAGGCAUAAUUAGUAGUACAAGGCUUAUAGCUCGUUUUUACAAUGAUAUUACUUCUAGGCUAUAAAGUAUACUGUAGAUGUGACAUUUGUUUAUAUGCCAUGAGUCGAUCAGCAGUCAUCUUCCCCAGCGUCUGAUAAAGAAAGCGACAUACCACGUGACCGCCUGACAUUGAUUUUCUCCCAUAUUAAAAAGUAUAAGAGAAACAUCAUUUGUUAUACUUUCUAUUAAUGUAAUAUCUAUAUCCGGUGAGGAAAAUGAUUGAAUUACCUUGAAAAUAAUGCAUUAUUUAUUGUACUAUAAUUAUUACUACAACUUGAUUCUAAGCUCAUUUAGAAUAGUACUUGAACAACUUUUUCAACAUAUUUCUUCAGUAGACUCAUUUUGGAGAAAAUUAAGAGAGGAAAUUAAUGUCCAGCCAUGUGUGAACUUUGAAGAAAGUAUUUGAUAAAUGAAAUAGGUAUGAAAUCAUUAGAAAAGUUGCGAAUUUCACUGUGUCGCUGCAACGCGCCCUCUGUCAUCGAUGUGAUUUUAAUGCUGCGCAAAUGUUUGUGUCUCGUAUACGUGUUAAAUUGUGCUGUUAGAUAUAGCCAUACAACUUAAAUAAGGCUCCGUAAGCUUUUCGCUUCUGGCGUCAAAUCUAAAGAAAUAAACAAAAGCACACGAUUAACCUUAAAGAAUUAAGCAUAGUCAAAUAGAAAUUAAAACAAAAGUAUAAAAUAUACCCAGCCGACUUUACUCGUAAAUUGAUAAGUACAAUUUUAGUUUAGAAAAUUUCCGUAUGAUUAACCGUAAUAUCACACACACACAUAUAUAUAAAGCGGCACUUUGACGUCCUGAAACAAGCAUUGUAACGAGCUUAAAGAAUCCUUGAAAAUUAAAAGUAAAAAAUGUCUAAUCGAUGCUACAUCACUGCACUACCGUUCGGUCGACUUUUGUGAAACUUUUCGUCUCUUAAUUAAACUCGUUGAGUAACGAUAAGAGCAUUUUUAAAAGAAAACUCAGACUGAGCUUAUGUAAAAGGAUCGAUUUUUCACACCUCUAGGACAAUUAAACAUUUUUAAGAGUCUGCGGUUUUUUUCUAAAUCAUUGUUUUCUUAUUGGAAUAAAUGUGGCGAAAACAGUCACUAUAACUAUGCUAGUAAUUACUUGCAUCGACGCAAAGAAGAAAGAAAAAUAAGUUUUGAAAUCAUUUCUGUAGGGAAGAUGUUCGACUUUAAUUUUGGCUUUAUUCGAAUUUUGUGUAGAGAAUAAAUGGUUAGUAUUGCGUAAUUAAAGUGGUUUGUAUUUCUGUAAUUCGACUAAGCCUUCCCAAAGUUCGUUGCAAUGUCGUAUGGUAUUCGAAAAUAAUUCGAAAUAAUGUAUAAUUGCGUGAUACUAGCGAAUAUUGAUUAAUGUAAUCUUGAUAAACGAAAUUGCCGCUUUAAAGUGACUUUAGAGGUAACGGUAAUGAGAAUCGGUUACACUGUCAACCAGUAAUUUAUACAUAUAUAGCUUCUUAAACUGCUUAUUGCAUAAUCGUGCGAUUUAAUAAGAAAACAAAAAUAAGUAAUUUGUUACUUUCCGUAUGUGAUAACGGAAGACCGCUUUGUUUAUUUGUUUUUACUGAAAGUUUUUGGUGUAUAUCGUCCACGUAAUUGUGUAUGUAUAGCUUUAUGUACAAUUUAAUCUGACUUGAUAAACCAGCUCGUACUCACUGUCAAUACUUUGUUUUAUACCAAAGUUUUCUCAUUUCAUGUUGAAUAAAUCAAAUCUAAACCCAAUAA